AGUUCAAUUUGUCUUUCUCCUCAGACACAACGUAACUACUACUAUACACCCAUCAUCACAAUCUCCCAAUUAACAACGUACGGAUCGAUCGGAGCAAUGGGGAGAUCACCAUGCUGUGUUGACAAGAGUGGACUGAAGAAAGGUCCAUGGACUCCAGAAGAAGAUCAAAAACUCAUUCACUAUAUUCAAGCUCAUGGCCCUGGCAACUGGCGAACCCUACCCAAGAAUGCUGGGCUUCAGAGAUGUGGGAAGAGCUGUCGUCUUAGGUGGACCAAUUAUCUGAGACCUGAUAUUAAGAGAGGAAGGUUUUCUUUUGAAGAAGAAGAAACUAUCAUCCAGCUUCACAGUGUUCUUGGAAACAAGUGGUCGGCCAUAGCGGCUCGCUUGCCCGGAAGAACUGAUAACGAAAUCAAGAACUACUGGAACACUCACAUAAGGAAAAGGCUUCUCCGGAUGGGCAUUGAUCCCGUCACUCAUACCCCCCGCCUUGAUCUGUUAGACCUUUCUUCAAUUCUGGGUACUUCUACUCACCUAAACUUUCCCAGCUUGCUUGGCUUACAAGCAAUCCUAAAUCCCGAGCUUCUACGGCUUGCAACUAAUCUCUUCGCAUCACAAAACGAUAACAAUAUUAACCCAGACCUUUUGUCCAAUCCCCAUCUCCAAAAUCAAAAUCCUCAGAUGUUGUUAAGAAAACUUCAAGAAAGUCAACUGUUGAUUAAUGCCCCAAACUUCCAGUCUAACAACAGUGAUCAUCAGUUCCAACAUCCACUCCCACCUUGUACGACAUCAAAUAAUAAUGUUUCCCCCGCAUGUUCUGAUCUUCCCAUGCAGCCGUACAGUACGAUGAACUCGUCGAAUCUGCAGAACAACGGACAAGUGUUUCAAGAAAGCCUUCUUCAAAGCUUAGAAAACUAUAGCGGCUGUUUUGGAUCUAACCAAUCACUGAGCAACAGCAGCAACCAAAGCGGACUCGAGAAUUUCAGCUUCGAUUCAUCGGUGCUGUCCACGCCUCUGAAUUCCUCGUCCACGUUGGUGAACAGCGGCGGCGCUAACACUGAAGAUGAAAAAGAGAGCUUUUGCAGUAAUCUAAUGAGAUUCGACAUUCCAGACAGCCUUGACUUUGAAGAUCUUCUGUAGAUAUUUGUCCAGAACAACACUUCAAUAAUUCGUAUAGUAGUAUGGGAUAUGAUGCUUUAAUUUUUUAGUGUUUGUAUUUCAUUUGUUCUUGUUUUUGGUUUUGUUUACAUUGUUAGGUAUGAAUGGAGCCAUUGUUAUGUUUUUGUAUGGACCAUUCAAAGUCAUUAGCACUUCAAUUCUUAGCUAGCUAGGUUUCUGGUGUUACUGCAUACUUCAUAGGUGUACUUAAUUACUUCAUUAUGUUAAUUACAUUUCUUGUAAUUUGAUUUCUUUAGUUGAAGAUCGACAGGGUGUAUGUCAUACUAAUAAUUUAAAUA